AUGUCGAGAGAAGGCAGCUUAUCGCCGUCUUCUGCCGAAUUUCGAUUCGCGCCUGUCGAUGAACCGCCGAUCGUGGUGGAUGUUGUAAAUGAGACACAGAAAGUCGACAACCCGCUCUCAUUCUCGGCCACCUUAUCCACUUCGUUCGUUGCACCUGAAGAAUUGGACGAAUCCACAGAUGAUUUGACAUUCCCCACUAAAGAACGCAAAAAAUCCAAAUUAAAAAUCAAUGAUGAUGGUAUUAAGAAGCGGAAAGACACAGCGACAUCGAUAUCGAAUUUUUUUCACAGAUUCACGAAAUCGGAUAAAGAAGAUAAGAAAAUCAUUGAGGAGGACGAAGAAGAGGAAGAAGUGAAUAGGCCGGAUAAAUUAGCGAGCCCUGAGUCUGGCGAGAAGUGGUUCGAAAUUGGAUCGCAAACCGGCGAAUUGCCACCGGCUGAUUCCGAAGUGGAUUUGUAUGAAUGGGACCCGAAUACGCUUGGAGAAUCCAUUGUUGCGCAUCCGACCGAUUCGGAUCAGGCCAUCAUUUUCGAGGAGAAGGGAAUGUUGAAAUUAUUGGAACAAUUUCGAAAUGGGGAAAUGAGGUGGCUCGAUGAGCCGCAAAUCGCGGCAAUGUGCUCGGUGAAAGAAGCUCAUGAAGACGUGACAAACACGCAUUUGCGUGUCUACGAAAUUGAUUUGGAACGGCGAAAACGACAAAAAGGCCGCGACGACUUCUCUUCGGACUCUGAAGAGGAGGCGGAAAUUGAUCGAUUAUUCGAGCAGAUGAACGCGAAAAUGACAAAUAUGCACGCCGUUCUCGACACUGUUCCGUUCUACGACGCCGGACAGAAGAAGUCGAGCGUUUCGGCGCUCGACGAUGAUUUUUUAUCAUUUUGA